AUGGGUGGUGGUGGAAAGAUUCCGUACCCCAAGGAGGUGUGGUCCCCGGCUGGUGGUUGGUACUCUCGACCGGCCAACUGGAAGGCCAAUACCGCUGUCAUGGGCGCUUUCGUUAUUGGAGUUGCUGCAAUUGCCUUCAGCAUCAGCGCCGACCGUGAGCACCGUGACAAGAUGCCCGAACCCGGCCGCUUCUUCCCCAGCCGAUAG